UGAUAAGUACUUGGGCUCUUCCUCAGACAAGGAUUUGGACUAUACGGUUCACUGGUCCAGGACCCCAGAGCCAGAGACUUUGGGACCUGCUGCUUCCGAGGACACAGCGAGAAGUAUAGACUGGAGGCCAGGGUGGAGCUUGGGGCCUCUGUCACAAGGGGCUCCCUUGUUUUCCAACCCAGAUUCGCCAAAGGAACGCUGUAACAACCAGGAACUUGUGAAGAGGCAAAACAACGUGGCUAAGAAGCCUGAGGAGGCCAGCUGUUCCAAAGUCAAAGUUAAGUCCACCAUGAUGAUUCCUGACUGCCAGAAGCUCCUACGAGGUGAACUGGAGUCACUUAAGAGCCAGCUACAGGCCCAGACCAAGGCUUUCGAGUUCUUGAACCACUCGGUGACCAUGUUGGAGAAGGAGAGCUGCCUGCAGCAAAUCAAGAUUCAGCAACUUGAAGAGGUGCUGAGCCCCACAGGCCACAAGGGAGAGAAGGAGGGGCCCAAGGGGGGCGUGGAGCAGGGUCAGCAGGAGCUGUAUGGAGCCCUGGUCCAGGGCCUACAGAGACUGCAGAAGACCCUGCGGGACAGUGAGGAGGUGCAGCGGACCCGCACCACGCGCUGCCUGCAGCUGCUCGCCCAGGACAUCCAGGACAGCAAGAAGUUCCUGUGGGAGGAGCUGCAGCUGGUGCGGGAGGAGGUGAACGUCAUCUAUAGGAAGCUCCAGCUGCAGGAGAAUGAGAUCUCGGAGAACGUGAUGAAUAUCCGGAAGAUGCAGAAGACGCAGGUGAAGUGCCGCAAGAUCCUGACCAAGAUGAAGCAGCAGGGUUGUGACACAUCUUCCUGUCUGGAGACUGAGGAGGUGCCACCAGGAGGCAGUGGGUGCUGGAAUGAUGAACUCCAGAAGGAACUGAGUGACAUAUGGUCCGCCGUGCACGUGCUGCAGGACUCCAUCGACAGCCUCAUGAUGUCCUCAGGAGCCCGCCCCAGGGCCUUGAACCUCAGGGGCCACAAGGGGCGCCGAUGCCCGAGCCCACCGCUCCACUCCUGGGACUCGGACUCUGACUCGGACCAAGACCUUUCCCAGCCACCUUUCAGCAAGAGCCGCUCCUUCCCUCCCGCUUGAGCAGCCGGGACUGCUCUCCCUGAAGACCCUUCCAGAGAGAAA